AUGUCUGCAAAGCCCAUGAAUACGCAGAUAGAAGGGGACACGGAGAUGCUGUCUCAUAUGCCCACUAAGGAUAGCAUCAUGAUUCCCAUUCCCCGGGAUACGUUUGAGAAGCUCUACUUGACUCCUAAGAUGCCCAUUGCAGGAAACCUGCGGCAGACAUUUGGCAACCCAACCCCAAUCUCACUAAUGGGUUUCUUAGUGUCUGAAACACCCAAUGCAAUGCUCCACAUGGGUUGGAGGGGCGCUGGUGGGGAUGGAGGGGCCAUCCUCCCGGCAUAUAUCGCUUUUGGUGGGAUGACCCAGAUCAUCGGUGCAAUUGGAGAGUGGAUAAUUGGAAAUACCUUCUCCUGUGCGAUAUUUUUCACAUACGGAGCAUUCUGGCUGGCGUAUGGUGCCUCCUUGAUGCCAUUCUUCGCUGUGGGUGCCCAAUAUUCCUCUACAGGUAACAGCUUUGAGGGUAUGGAAACAGCAGGAUAUCAUGCAACGGCAGUUCAUUUUAUCACUGCCCUCGGGCAAGAGGCGUUGGCAGCCAAGGUGGAAGUGGCAGCGGGUGCAUGUAAUUUUAUACUUUGCAUUCCGAUAUGGUACAUAUUUGUGGCCCAAAUGUUGGAGUCGAUUGACUUUCCUUUUGUAUUACCUGUUGGAGAUUUGAGUGAGGUUGUUUUAGGAAGGAGUCAAAAGGCGCGGAAAAGAAUGGAUAGUGAAGGAUAG